AUGCAGGCAGGACAGCUGACCCCAGCUGACCGAAGAGAUAUUCCGUACCAUGUAGCAUCAUGCUCGACAAUGGCAUUGGUGAUGCUGGAUCCUUCUGUUACACAAGUGACAAGAAAUGUUCCUCCAGGGCUAGAUGAAUACAAUCCUUUCUCUGAUUCAAGAACAGAGCAUGCCUUGGCCCAGGCAGAACUGCUAAAGCGUCAAGAAGAACUGGAAAGAAAAGCAGCUGAACUAGAUCGCAGAGAAAGGGAAAUGCAGAGUCUCAGUCAGCAGGGGGGUAGAAAAAAUAACUGGCCACCUCUUCCUGAGAAUUUUCCAGUAGGUCCUUGUUUCUACCAGGACUUUUCUGUAGACAUUCCUGUAGAAUUCCAGAAGACGGUAAAGAUUAUGUACUAUUUGUGGAUGUUCCAUACAGUGACACUGUUUCUUAAUAUCUUUGGAUGUUUGGCCUGGUUUUACGUUGAUGCUACGCGAGGGGUUGAUUUUGGAUUGAGUAUUCUCUGGUUCUUGCUUUUUACUCCUUGUUCUUUUGUCUGCUGGUACAGACCACUUUAUGGAGCUUUCAGGAGUGACAGUUCAUUCAGGUUCUUUGUGUUCUUCUUUGUAUAUAUCUGUCAGUUUGCUGUACAUGUACUUCAAGCUGCAGGAUUUCAAAGAUGGGGAAACUGUGGGUGGAUUUCAUCUCUUACUGGUCUGAAUAAGAGUAUUCCUGUUGGCAUUAUGAUGAUAAUCAUAGCUGCACUUUUCACAGCAUCUGCUGUUAUCUCAUUAGUUAUGUUUAAAAAGGCGCUAUCAGAGUCUUGA